AUGCUCGGACUGCGUAGACCCGACUCGCUCCAACCGAUACCGCCGCCACUGCCACCCAAGGAGCCUUUCCCAGCAUGGAGCGACUCCUCCACGGGCUCUCUGCCUGCGCCAGUCACGGCUCCUGCCGAAGUCGAUCCCUUGAACGGCCGCACGGCUUGGUUGCACUGCAUUGCCGGUGCGCUCAUAGUCUUCAAUUGCUGGGGCUUCGCGAACGCCUUUGGUCUGUUCCAGGCGUACUACCAAGCCUACUACCUCCCCAAAGGUACAAAUCCGAGCAGUAUCUCGUGGAUUGGCAGCACGCAACUUGCUCUAGUAUUCGGUCUUGGUGUGCCGGUGGGCAGACUGGUGGAUAAGGGCUACUUCCGCUGUGUCUUCUACGGCGGAAGCAUCAUCAUGAUUCUCGGCAUCUUUUGCACGGCACGGUGUAUGACGGUGUGGAGCCUAUGGCUUGUGCAAGGUCUCGUCACGGGCUUGGGUAUGGGCAUGGUGUUUUGCUCCGGCAUUGUGGCGCUGAUGACUUGGUUUGAUGAGCGCAAGCUCGGCAGCGCGAUGGGAGCGUGUGCGGCAGGGAGUUGCAUCGGCGGAAUUGUGUUCAUUGAGAUUGCCAAGCGGUUUCUGCUCAGCCGCGGCUUCCCGACAACAAUGCGCAUUCUCGGAGCAGUGGCUCUGGCAACAAUGAUCCCGUCCAACCUCGUCUUUCGCGUGCGCGGUCAGCAACAUCGGACCAAGACAACCAAAAGCCACAAUACGCGUGAUCGCUUCACUCUCCGCACCUUCGCCUCUCGCGCCUAUCUCCUCGCCGCAGCCGGCAUGUUCUUCGCCUUCCUUGGCGUCUACUUCGGCUUCGUCUACAUGGUCUCCUUCGCCGUCACCGAACUGCACCUCUCCGCCAAUGCUUCCAGCAAUCUACUCAUCUACAUGCUUGCCGCGAACCUGCCCGGCCGAUUCCUCCCCGCCUUAAUCUCGGACAGAUGUAUCGGUCCGCUCAACACGAUUAUCCCUAGCGUGUUCCUCAGUGCGGCGUGCAUCGGUCUUUGGAUCGGGAUAGGCGAAGGUGGGAACGUAAGGGGUGCGUUGACGGUGAUUGCGUGUUUCUAUGGAUUCGUGAGCGCGGGCGUGCAAGUACUGUAUGCGCCUACGAAGGAGGCAACACAACCUGCAUUGGAUCGUAUGGGUGUCAAGGCUGGUGGCAUAUUUACUUGCAUAGGGCUUGCGUGUCUGAUAGGCACGCCGAUUGGAGGUGUAUUGGUGAGCUACCGUGCUGACAGAGGGUUAUCAUACCCGUACAUCGGCGCGCAAGUGUUUGCCGCUUGCAGCUUACUGCUGGGUGGAUGCCUAUUGCUCGCAAGUCGAGUGGCGCGGGUAGGAUGGAGUGCUCGACGAGCAUAG